CUAUCGCUGGCUACGGUGUGCAAGCGGUGCUUGUUAUCAACCCGCACGCCCCCUGAAUCACUUUCUAAUCGGCUUUUUACACGAAUUUCCAUAGAGGCCUAACUAACUCGCUUAUCGGGAUACAAAACAGCUCAAGCGGCGAGCAGUAGGUGCAGCGCCAGAAACUUUCUUUUAAUACACGAAACCACAGUGAGGGGAAUGGACUUAACCUGGGAUAUAAUACUCUGUAUUUGUAUAGCGAUCUUGGUGCAUAUUCUGAUAUUUAUUUUCGUCAUGGGCAAGCGGCCGAAGAGCAUUGUUGGUAGACAUGUUGUGGUAACUGGUGGCUCUAAGGGAAUAGGGCUUUCCUUGGCUGUAGAAUGCGCCAUGAAAGGCGCGAAUGUCACGGUGAUUGCGCGUGACGAAAAAAUGUUGAGUGGCGCCGUUGCGCUUAUGGAGUUGAUUCGCCAACGUCCAGAACAGAGAUUCCAAUAUCGGAGCCUGGACAUUGGUGGCGACUAUGUGGAAGUGGCUCGAGUUCUGAGUGAAGUCGAGGAAUCCCUUGGCGAUAUUUAUAUGCUGAUUAAUUGUGCCGGCUUUGCCAUAUGCGGUGUCUUCGAGUCCGUUUCCGUGGCUGACACUCAUAAGCUAAUGAAUGUAAACUUUUUCGGAAGCUACAAUUGCACGCGAUAUGUGCUGCCGAAAAUGAAGAAAGCCGGUGAAGGUAUUAUUGUGAUUACCUCAUCUCAAGCAGCAAUGUUUGGGAUUUAUGGUUAUGGUCCCUAUGCGGCCAGUAAGUAUGCAUUGCGUGCCAUGGCCGAGACCAUUGCAAUGGAGUCGCGGGAACAGGGUGUUUCGGUAACUCUGGCUCUACCCUGCGACACAAAUACGCCGGGCUUCGAGGAAGAGGAGAAAUCAAAACCGCGUGAAACGAAAAUCAUUUCCGGUAGUGGUGGUUUAAUGCAGCCAGAACAAAUGGCCAAGGCUAUACUUAAAGAUGCUUUGAAGGGGAACUUUAUCUCCACCUUGGGUGCUGAAAGCUGGCUGAUUACCUUGCUUGGCGGUGCUCUAAUGCCCUGGGAUGGAUUCUUUACCAAUUUGUUGCAUGCAAUAGUCAUUGGACCCCUGCGUUUGUUUAGCUACGGUCUGCACAAACAUUUCAAUAGCGUUAUACGCAAAUGUGCCGUAGAGGAUCGAGCAGCUCAGACGAAUGAGACGUCGGCGAAACAUUCACCAGAUCAAGCAAAAUUAGGCGAUACUUUAGCCGAACACAAAUAAUAGCAAUUUUCUUUGUCUAUGCGAUAGUUUUUAAUUGCAUUUAUGGUCUAGCUGUUUUUAUAUUUCGUAUUAUAAUAUAUAUUUAUGUAUUAACACA